AGAGAGAGAGACCCCCAAAGGCAAAGGCCAAAGCCUCUGGCUCUCUUCCCCUUCGCUCCCAAUCCAUCUCCUUUAUCGCUUCUGCCUAAAUCUUGUAAUUCGUUCUCGUUUCUUACUUGAUUCCUCUUAUUCGGUGAAUUCUCGUGGUUGGAUUAGCUUCUGGCGUUGUGGAUCGAGCUCCCGCCUCCGGUUGUCACGGAUUGGGGACUUGUGAUUUGAUGUCGAGCAUGGAGCCUGGCGUGCAACCAGUGGCGGCGGAGAUGCCGCCUAAGAAGCUUGUGCGUCAGCUCGAUUUCACCGCCGCGUUUGGCGCCUCUACGGCGGCGGCUCAGGCACAGCCUCAGGAGAAGCCAUCGGCGCAGCCGUUGUCUCAGUCUUCGGUUCCGGCCUCGAGGCCUCCGGUCCCAAUGCCUGUUAAACCAGAGUCCCCUCGAUCACGAGCACGUCCUAUAUACGAAGUGAAGGAUAGUACUCCAAAAAAGCAGAAGCAAUGCAAUUGCAGGCACUCAAAAUGCUUGAAGCUGUACUGUGAAUGUUUUGCAUCUGGGGUUUACUGCGAUGGAUGCAACUGUGUUAACUGUUGCAACAAUGUUGAGAACGAGGCUGCUAGACAAGAGGCUGUUGAAGUUACUUUGGAGAGGAACCCUAAUGCCUUUCGCCCGAAGAUUGGUAAUAGCCCACAUGCAAUAAGGGACAUCAGAGAGGAGGCUGGUGACCUUCCUUUGCUUGGGAAGCACAACAAGGGUUGCCACUGCAAGAAGUCUAAUUGCCUUAAAAAGUAUUGUGAGUGCUUCCAGGCCAAUAUUCUUUGCUCUGAAAAUUGUAAGUGUAUAGACUGCAAAAACUUCGAUGGAAGUGAAGAAAGAAGAGCUCUUUUUCAUGGUGACCAUGGAGGCAACCUGACCUACAUGCAGCAGGCAGCCAAUGCUGCUGCUAAUGGAGCCAUUGGGUCAUCUGGCUAUGUCUCCUCUCCAGUUUCUAAGAAGAGGAAAAGUCAGGAUCUCUCUUUUAGUGCAGCAGUGAAGGAUCAACCCAUUAACAGGCUUGUGCAAUUCCAGCCGCCUAAUCCUCUGAAGACAUUAGGAUCUGCUUCCUUUGGAACUACUCCAGUUGCACGUGCAGUUAAUUCUGCUACACCUGGACCUUCAAAAGUUGUUUACAGGCCUCUUCUAGCUGAUAUUAUCCAACCAGAUGAUGUGAAGGAACUCUGCAAACUUUUGGUGGUAGUUUCAGGAGAAGCUGCCAAAAGAUUUGCCGAUACAAAAGUCCAUGAUGAAAAUCCAAGGCAGAAGGAAGAUCAAGCAGAAAUUGCGCUUGCUUCAUCAAACCAACACAGAGAUCAUAACCAGAAAGAGCCUGAUAAUCGAAGAACAUCAGCUGAUAACUGCUCGCAUGUAAGCAAUGCUGAUAAAAUGAGCUGUGAGGAAUCUGGGUUUGACGGUGCUUCUGAUGUGCCGAAAGAUGGACGACCGAUGUCGCCUGGAACACUAGCGUUAAUGUGUGAUGAGCAGGAUGAAAUGUUCAUGACUUCCCAAUGCACCAAUACGUCCACAAGAUUAUCAUAUGACAACAAUUUGACAGAAGUUUAUGCAGAGCAAGAGAGAUGCGUGCUGACAGAAUUUCGGGACUGUCUAUGGAAACUCGUUACCUGUGGAAAAAUGAAAGAGGAAAAGUAUGCGAUGAAGGCCUCCAAGCCAGAAACUUCACCUCAUCCUCAGGCUUCAGCCAAUAAUACCAUUACUAGAGGUUCCAUUUCAAGUACUGAAGAGGUAGGACCAGGGUCUUCAAAUGCAUUUCCUACAUUCAGUAAUUUUCUGCCUCCAAAAGCAGGACGCCCAACGACCAAGGAAAAUGGGAACAUUAAACCCAAGUUAGAGAAUUCUGAAUUGUAGAAAAUGAAAUAAAUAAAAAGAAAAAAGAAAAAGGGAAGUAUAUAUGAGAAAGCACAUUGAUGUGCUUUUGUAUAACAUCCAACAGCCAUUGUGUGCUGUUGGAAGCUUAUUGUCAUUUGUGAUUGCUGAGUCUCCAUCUUUAAUUAAAGAUUUGAUUAGUUUUACACCA